GCACCAUAAACGGAACGGCUGCGGGCAAGGCGCUGGGGGGGCGCCGCUGGGGCCGGAGACUGGAAAGGCGGCAUUGUGGAAAGGUUGAUCUACAAUGACCAGCCCAAACCUUGUCACCUGUGGCGACAACAUCAAAAUCUGGGACUCCAGUGGAUAUUCAUUACUCCACCAGUUUCAGCCCAACAACACUAAUGAUGACGUGGUGACGGACGUCUGCUGGAGCCGGGAUGGCAGCAUGGUGGCCAGCGUGGUCAGCCGGCAGGCGCAGCUGGUCGUCACUGGCGUCUCGGCGCACAGCACGCGCCAGCUGACGGCCGCCACAGACCUGCCCAAGGCGACGUGCUGCCGUUUCUGCACCUCCAACAGCCGGUACAUCUGCGUGGGGUCCCACUCCGGCGGUGUCGACCUCUGGGACAACAAGAAUGGCAAGCUGGCCAAGCAAUACCAGGGUCACCAGGCGCCCGUGACGCGGGUAUGCUUCAGCGGCUCCGACCGGCACGUGGCGUCCGCCUCGCGCGCCGGCCACGUGCUGGUGCACAACGUCACCAGCGGCGUCGUCACCGAACUACCGGCCGCCCGCUCAGAGCCGCAGUGCGCACGCGACCUGCGCUACAGCACGGUGCGACCGGCUGUGCUGGGCGCCGCCUUCGACACGGGCCACGUGUCGCUGUGGGACGUGAACCAGCGCCGCCUGCUGCACACGUUCACCAGCGGGCACGUGGCGCCGGCCGCCGGGCUCGCCUUCUCGCCCGUCAACGACAUCCUGCUGGCCAGCGUCGGCCUGGACAAGCGGCUCGUCUGCUACGACCCCAAGACCAGAAAUGUGAUCCAGAGGGUGGUGAGCGACGCGCCGCUGACGGCCGUCGACUUCCACGCCGAUGGCGUGCAGCUGGCGGUGGGCACGUCGCAGGGGCGCGUCUGCGUAUACGACCUGCGCGCGCCGGGACGGCCCAGCCGCUCAUUCACCGCGCACCGCAGCUCCGUGCAGCGCGUCCAGUUCCAGCCGCCAGCCAAGGUUCGAGGCCGGGGCUCCAGCGUUCAGACCGCUGAAGACAGCAAGGCUCUGCCCUCCGGCCAGAACCAUUCGCUGCCGGCCGCCGAGCUGAUGCAGAACCACGUGCCCAGGCAUGGAGAGGCGCCGCGCACCCAUUCGACGCCGGUGGAGAGCGCCAAGCCGACGGCCGUCGCGGCUAACGACAGCGGCGGUCCGACCAUGGCCAUGUAUGGCCAGGUGUCCGCCGAGCAGAGCUCCCUGUUCUCUCCGCUCCGGGAUGAGAGUCGCCACGCGGCCGCCUCUCCGCCCGCCGCGACCGUGCCUAACGGCGUCACGCUCAACGGUACAGUGCACGGUAAGACGCUGGCGUCACGUCCCUCGUAG